AGAAUGGCGCGUCGGGUAGUAUCGCGAGUUUACCUUGGCUCGUUGGCGUGAACUAAGUUGCUUCUUCCCGGGAACAUAAACGUUUUAAUUUAGCUAACUGUCAAGCCUUCUUAAAUUAUACCGUAAAGUUAAGUUAUUAGUUGAUGGCAUAUUGACUUUACUUUAGCUCUAGACUAACUUCGGUUUGCAGAUAACUGGUAGCUGAGCUACAGUUCUAAUUAGGUCCGAAAUGUAUGGAUGCUAACGGCAGCUAGCUAGCUCGCUAGUUAGUCGCAGUUGUUUGAAUACCAUUGGUAUUUAUCCAUAAAGCAAAAUGUCUGCGGAGCAGAGGACAAGCUGGAUACUGACAGGGACUACUGUCGCUUGUGUAACCGCUUUGUAUGUGCCCUGUGUGCAGAGAACUGUCCCCGGUGGAGACUCAGGAGAGCUGAUCACCACUGCUUGUGAGCUGGGGGUGGCCCAUCCUCCAGGAUACCCUGUCUUUACCCUACUAGCUCGCCUGGCUAUGUGUCUUCUGCCCUCACUUUCUCCAGCCCACAGUGUCAACCUGAUGAAUAGCCUGUUGGGGGCUGCAGCUUGCGGUGCCCUUUGCAUUACUGUUUGCAGGUUGGCAGGCCCUGGCCCCGGAGCAGUACUGGCUGGAGGGCUGUUUGCUGUGUCCAGGUUGAGCUGGCAGUGGUCCAUGGUGGCAGAGGUCUUCGCCCUCAACAACCUUUUUGUUGGUCUGCUCUUCUUUUUGUCUGCCAGCUUCCAUUGUGCUGAAAACGCCACCCAGAGGGGGAAGAUUGCACAUUGGGGAGCGCUGUGCUGUGGCUUGGGGCUCUGUAACCAGCACACCCUGGUGCUGUACGUACUGGUCAUCAUUCCCUGGGUCCUUUACCGACUUUACUCUCUCAGGGAGUUGUCUUUGCGGGGCCUUGUGUCUCUGGGAGUGCGUUUCCUUGCUGGCUUUCUGCCGUACGUCUACCUGCCCAUCUCCUCCUACCUCAACACAGCCCGCUGGAGCUGGGGGGAUCAGACCACCCUGUCUGGCCUGCUAACCCACCUGCUGAGGGCGGAAUAUGGCACCUUCAGUUUGGCGAAGACGGAGAGUUCGGUAAACUUGACUUUAAUGUUAAAGGCCCAGUUGGACCACUGCCUUGAAGACCUUUCACUUCCUGUUCUGGUGCUGGCAGGAAUAGGCCUUCUUCUCUCCUCAUGGGACAGGAUGUGUUGCUCAGUGUCCUGGCUGCUGACUGCCAUGCUGGUGGUCUACUCACUGUUUUUUGCUUGGAGAGCUAACCUGGACAUCAGCAGACCCCUACUGCUUGGAGUGGUUGAGCGUUUCUGGCUCCAGAGUGAUGCUGCAGUGUGUGUGCUGGCAGGCCUUGGCUUGAGCCGGACACACACUGAGCUGGAGAGGAGGCUGGGCCGUGGGGGGGUGUGGAAGACCACAGGCUGGGUCCUCACCAUGGCUGUGUUGGCACAUAUGGUGCACACCAACCACAGGGAGUGCGAUCAGAGCAGAAAUCGUGUGGUCGAGAAGUUCGGCAGGGAGCUUCUGGCCUCCUUCCCAACAGACUCAAUCAUCCUGACUAGAGGAGAUCUGCCUGGAAACUCCCUGCGCUACUUAUACUACUGCCAGGGUGUACGGCCCGAUUUACGUCUGGUCGACCAGGAGAUGAUGACAUAUGCUUGGUAUGUGGCCAAGCUGGCGCAGCACCACCCUGGGGUGCACUUUCCUGGCCGCUGGUGGGACCCGGUUCACCCCGAGGAUAAAGACACCUUCAGUCUGGAACAGUUUCUGUCCCACAACACACAGAGGCAUGUGUUUGCCUGCAUUGGGUUGCCUGAUGGAGACCCAAGCUGGGGACAUAGUUUUUCUCGUUGGCCCCUGGGUGUGUGUGACUACUUGGUGCCAGCUCAGAGGCAGUUUCACCCUGAAAAGUGGGUCCAUCGAACUCGCAACAUCUACAACUGGAGUGAGCCACACAACAGUUUCCAUCCUGCAUCCUGGGAGCGUGUCGCAAAUGAGGAGAUGUGGCAAGCCAGGAUGAAGACUGCUUUCUUUCUGUUUGACCUGGCAGAAAGGAUGCAGGGAGAAGGGAAAGCUCGCCUCUUUGAGCUGUCAUAUACUCUGUAUAAGGAGAUUGUCGAGGCCCACUCAGACUACCCUCCAAACUGGGACAAGAACUUGGCACUGGCCUGCGAGAGGCUACUACGCUCAGGUCACCGGGGCUACAGUCCAGACAGCCUGCUGACGUGCAGCACCCAGCACUUUAGUCUCUACUUAGAGAAGGAACCCACAGAUCCCCAGACCCUGGCCAUACGCUCAGCCAUUACUAACCUGCUCAAAGAGAGAGACAAACUCCGCCAGAGCCAGAGGCAAACCCCAUAACAACCCAGAGAAACAUACAUUGAGUUGGAACACUCAGGGCGUGCUGCGAGCCCAACCGAAGUGAACAGCACUGUGGACCAAUUGGUGGUCCAGAACAAUACAAUGAUGUUUAGUUAAUGUUUUGGCCAAAAAGGACGUGUGAGGUUGGGAGUCAAGAGGAAUGCUAAUGUACACGUGCUGGGACAUAGGUAUCAAGCAGAACUCUGCACAGAGAACUACCACUCAACAAUGCUUCAUUUGAUGAAAGCUUACAGGUAACCAGGGACAAAGCAUGACCUCAGGAAGCCUUGACUGACCCCAAUUAAACUGCGUGCUCCCCUUAAAAUCACCCAUUCGAUUGAUUUAUCGUUACAUCUCGUUCUUUUUUUGUCUCCUAUUCUGCUCUCACAGCCUUUAACGUGCUGAUUAUUUUGCCUCAGCCACUGCUCUACUUCUCUUUUUCUCACAUUAGGAUGGCAAGGCCGAGAUUGAGGGAAAACCAAUUUGGGGGCAGAAAUGGGGGAUUAGAGCGUCUGUUUAAUCUAGCACAGACUUGUGGUGUGCCACACAGUCCUCACUCUGUAAUAACCAGCACCACCCAUCCGCCCACCCCUCUAUCCUUCCAUCAGUCUAUCUUAGAUGGUCCUUUAAAUGUUUAAAACUAAUGGAUUCGAUGAGUGUUUUUAUUCCCUCCUCUCUUCCUUCCUAACGGGAGGGCUAUAAUCCCUCAUGGAUUUAAAUGAAAUGUGAAAUGUCACAAUGCCAGGGACCCUUUUAGAGGUGCAUUUCUAGUGUUGUGAGUGUUUGCAUGUUGACGUGUGUG